CACAAAACACUAAAGCAAUGCACCACUUUAGUAGAUACCAAAACGACAUCACAACCCUCUAAAUCUCCGCCACCAAAGCCACCGUGAUUAUCGGGGAUCUUUGUCUGCAAUGGGCGGAGGCAGAGGAGGAGGAGGAGGAGGAGGAGGAGGAGCAGAGGCACAGUAUAUGACUGCCAAGAUUUCAGUUUGGUGGGACAUUGAGAAUUGUCAUGUUCCCAUGGGCUGUGACCCCCAUGCCAUAGCACAAAACAUAAGUUCAGCCCUUGUCAAGAUGAAUUAUUGUGGUCCAGUCUCUAUUUCUGCUUAUGGUGACACCCAUCGAAUCGAUUCUGCUGUUCAACAGGCUCUUUCUAGUACUGGGAUUGCUCUCAAUCAUGUCCCUGCAGGUGUGAAAGAUGCAAGUGAUAAGAAGAUACUUGUUGAUAUGUUGUUCUGGGCAGUGGACAAUCCUGCGCCUGGUAAUUAUUUGUUGAUUUCUGGUGAUCGAGACUUCUCAAAUGCUCUUCAUCAGUUGCGAAUGAGAAGAUAUAAUAUUCUUCUAGCACAACCACAGAAGACAUCCGCAUCCCUUCUUGCAGCCGCGAAGAGUGUAUGGCUUUGGACGAGUCUUUUGGCUGGAGGACCGCCGCUCACUGAAGGCGAGUUACAAAAACUUUGUAGUAAUAACUAUAUGUCCACUUCAGACACGAAACAGAUUCCAGUGUCUGAUGCCGCUCAAAUAAAGGAACCAGUAGAUUCCUAUUCUGAGAAGCCUUAUGUGGCAAAUCAGAAGUCUCCUUACACACCAAGGGGUCAUGACAAUAAACAGAAAGGGAAAAACAUUCAAAGAAACCCGAGUCAAACAAAUACAUCCAAAACAACAAGCUCGCCUCUUUGGACCCAAGAAGAUCAUCACAACUCAAACUCUCACCAACCUGGUCCUUCUUUCCCCAAAGUUCCCCCAAGUGGACCUGGCCUGGAUUUUGUUCCUGGAAAUAAUAAUUUUACUUGGAGUGACAACACCCACAUCAAUGGCAACUACCAAAAUCAUUAUACACAACAAUUAAGGCCAAACAAUCCUGGUAUGCGACCUGAAUUUGCAGCAGGUGGUUUGUAUCCUCCCCAUCCUAAUCUUCAUCCUCGCGCCCCUCCUCCAAUGCCUGUGAGACCCAAUGGAACUAGCUUUACCUCUGCACCAUAUACAAGUGCACCUGAUAUUGGUAUUUUGAACAUUCCCGGACACCCUGUCAACUUUAACCCUCAACGACGAAAUCCAGAGCUAAAACAUGAUCCCAAGAAGAAACUUCCCAGAUCUGUAAGCUUAAGUAACUCGCAAAAUGGAAAUAUGGCACAUAACUCGCCAUCAGUUUACCGGGAUGAGAAGCCAAACCAUAGGUACCCUGGUGGUCCAGAAUAUCCGCCAUCAUCCUCAUAUGCAAUGGGAGCCAGUGUUGCUCCAGGGAGUGAUAAAUGGGGGAGUCAAGGUUGCCCAAAACCUUCCGAAUAUGUUCAAGGCCUUAUAGGAGUGGUCUUGCUUGCCUUGAACACCCUUAAAAGUGAAAGGAUAAUGCCAACUGAAACAAAUAUAGCUGACUGCAUCCGCUAUGGAGAUCUGAAGCACCGUAAUACUGACAUUAAGAAGGCCCUUGAGAGUGCCAUUAAGCAUCAGAUGGUAGCAACUCGGAGUUUAGGUGCUAUGCAGUUGUAUGUUGGUAAAAAUGAGAAACUGUGGAAAUGUGUCAACCCUGUUGGUGGUAAAGCUAAACAAAUCCAAAAAGCAACAUGGAAUGAAAUUCAUCAAUUUCUGAGAUCCUCUGCUGGACGAUCUGCAAUCUUGGCUUCUGAGUGCAGGUAUGAAGCAGGCACUAUUUUAAAGAGUAAGUGCUUGAAAGAACAUGUUCUGGGUGAUGUACUUCAGAUCUUGAACAUGGUAAUUGGCUAUAAGAAAUGGAUCAUACCUCAUCAAUCAGGAUGGAGACCACUUAGCAUAACAAUAGCAGAAAAGGCUAACAGCGAUUCAGGCUCCACAGAGGGCACAUUUGGUUGGGAUUCAGGCUCCACAGAGGGCACAUUUGGCUGGGAUACAGGCUCCACAGAGGGCAAAUGGGAUACAGGCUCCACAGAGGGCACAUUUGGUGGGGAUUCAGGCACCACAGAGGGCACAUUUGGCUGUGAGUGGGGUUGAUUUUAAAAGAGGCUUCUUGCCCUUAGAAUUAGAGAAUAGGUAGUAAUGGUUAGAGUUUGUUUAUGCUGGUAUGUUUAGUGCAAUGGCCAUCUUAUAUUAAUCUUAAGUUGCCGGAGAAGAUCUCCCAGGUUUAUCCUGAGGGAAAGUUAAAAGAAGUGCUUCGACAACCUAAGUCAAGGUGACAGGUUUUCAGGGGGCACAUUUUUCUAGCUGCUACCAUGCGCGGUUGGGUCUUCCUUUCAGGGUGGACGUAGUGCAAUGGGGUGGUGGUCUUCAUUCUGUUCUCGGAUAUCUCUCACAUCUCUGGGAUUUUGCUUUGUUAGUAUAAAACCUGAGCUUCAAUUCAACCCAUCUACAGAAACUGUGGUUGAAGAUUAUAUAUUUUUCUAGCAUAUAUUCCUUUUAACAAGUUUACAUACAGAAGAUGGAAGUUAAGUGAUGAAGGCACCAAGUUACUCAGCAAAGAAAUAUGAAAUUAUUUUGCAACUCUGCAAAUUUGGAAGUUGUCUACCAGAAACUGACCUAUCACAUUUUGACCAUGAUUAGUCAUGAAGAUAUGAAGUCAGAAUGGGAGAACUCAACAAAUAAUGAUGGGUGUAUGCUGCAGGGACUGGAUGCUAAGAAUUAUAUACCUCAAAGCGUUGUCGAACUUGGUCAUUGCAAUUUGCAAAGAUGAUGUUGAUGCAACUUCUCUGGUUUUCAGAUCCUUGAGCCUUUUUUUUUAUGUUUUUGUUUUUGUUUUUUUUUAUCUAUCCACUGUUCGGUAAGUAUGUGUAAACCUCAAAUAAAGAAGUUUGAAUGCAUGCUCGCGGAGCUGCUCGCGAAGCAUUUUGUGGGUACCUCUAGUUCUGGCUGGCUUGUGUAAUUUUGAUGGAUGUGUAAGCAUUUAAAUGAAAUGAUAUUAGCCGAGUCUUUCCUCA